AUGGAAAGUGUGCUGAGCUUGGUCGAGGGCCUGAAUUCACAUGCGCAGGAGAUCUUCGACCGCCUGGAUGCCGCAUGCGGCCAGAUGGACACACGGCUCAGUGGCUUGGAGACCCGGCUUUCGCAAGCGACCGAGCGCAUCGAGCGCACCCGUGGCAGCACAGCAGCCCUGAAGGUCCAGAGCGCCCGAACCUUCCAAGGGCGGGGUGCACCGAGCUUGCGGGCAGCGCACCGGGUGCUGGACGAGAGCCUUCUCGUGUCCUUGCGCUCUACGGCACCGAUCCCUGAGCUCGACCAGGGCCAAGGACGGAGUUCCACGGCGCUAGCCGAAGACUUGGCUCGCGUCUACAAGUGUGUGAACCAGCAUCGGAACCUGGAGGUUACCGGGGGUCCUCGGACUCGGACAGGAAGCGAGAGGCUCCUACCUGCUGCUGGUCGCUUGACUUCGGUCUCUGAGCUCUUCCUCUUGAACUCCUCCGAGCAGCCCUACAAGGUGAGGCAUGAGGUGGACAACUUGGCAGAGCCAGAGGACGAAGCUUUCUACCACGGCAAGCGCGCAGAGAUGCCAAAGCAAGCAGCCGAGCCCGAGGAAGACGUAGACUUGGAGGAGGACGAGCCAUUGCGGGAGCACGAGGACUUGCGCUUUAGGCCACGACCAGCUGCAGAAGUGACAUUCGAUCUUCCAGAUGUCUUGCCGGACCUUGGGCAUGUGGCACACCUGGUGUGGCGCGAGGGCGAACAGCACUCCGAAACGGCACGGCCCGUAUGGGAUGCACCUCCUCCGGAGCUUGGUCGUGCGUCCAUCAGCGCCGCCCCAAAGCCCGCCCGGCCUGCACCACCUGCACCAAAGCGAGCACCCCCACCAGCUCCGAAAGCCACUCGCGCAGCUGAGCCGUUGCUGGCCCCAAGCUCAGGGCCCGCCAUGAAGGCAACUCUAUCCCAGGCAGCCGCACCCGCACCAGCCGUACCGACCCCACAGCCAACACAGCCGACGCAGCCGAUGCCGGCCGCGCAGCCGUCCAAGCCCUCAACACCAGCACCUCCGCCGCCGAAGCCUGCGGCUAAGGGAAAGGGCCCCAAAGGCAAGGGCAAAGGAAAGGGACCCGCACCACCUCCACCGCCCGCGAAGAAGGCCGCGGCUGCUACCAAAGCGCCCGCACCCACAGAAAAGGCCGCAGUUGGAAAAGCAGCCAUGUUCGCAGACAUUCGUUCUGGUGGUCCAAAGCUGCGCAAAGUCGCGCCUCCGAAGGAACGUUCCGGCGCUGCAGUUGGCCGCAUCGUCUAG